AAGAAAAAAGUUGAUUGUUUCAAGCAGAAAAUAUCGUAUCGAUUAUGACAUAGGCAGAUGAUACAUUUUUGUAUCACGCCGAUUUCCCUCUCAACUCUUUAAAACUCUCUCAUGCAAACAUGGGGCACUCGACGCCUCUCACAUUUAUUCAAUUCUUGUAGCCUUCCAUUACUACCAACCUUUUUAUCUCAACGCCCCCCACCAUCAACCUCACCUGGACUCUAUUUCUAUAGACGAGCCUGGAACAGUUCAAACCCAAAAGUAAAGUCUCGAGCUUUCAGGAAACCUCGCCUGUUCUCAGAAUCUAUCGUAAAACCAAAAGUGAGCGAUUAUUCUGCUGGUAUUCCAAUGGCGACUUCAGUUGAGAUCGCUUCUGCGCCCACUGUGGACACUCCUGGCACUUGUCUCUUUGUCCACAGUGAGAGACGGGCAUAUUUGUUUGGCCGACCCGAAGAAGGGACUCAGCGCGCUUUCCAGAGCAGGAGACUAGGAAUGGGAGCAACGGAACAGGUCUUUCUCAGCGGCAGUGUUUCAUGGGAGUUGGUAGGAGGUCUGUUCGGCUAUGUUCUCACGGUUGGUGGCGCACUAGAAGCUAGCAGAGAACAAACUGCAGUGAUGAAUGAGGAAAGGAAGAGCAAGGGUCAGAAGUUGACGAAGCAGGCUGCUUUUGAAACCAUUCACAUCCACGGUGGCGAGAAUCUGAACCACACUUUGGCCGCAUGCCGUCCCGUCAUCUUACGACAGCCGAUUUCCGUGCGCACGCAUGAGCAUAGAGAAAACCCUCGGCUUGAGAAAAUCGAGAGCAUAGAACCCGACUGGAAAGACGACGUGCUUCGUGUAUGGAAGAUUCCGAUUCAACGAGAUCGCUCUAGCAGCCCAAAGAAGCGUCGCAGGUCAAGCGCCAUCGUUGGAGACCAAAAGAAACCACAGUUCAAAGAAUGGUCACCACUUUCGGACCCUGAAUAUGCGUCCACUCUUGUUGAGAAGGUCAUGUUCAAUGGAAAACUCAAAGGCAACGGUAUGCUCAUCCCCGUCAAGCUGAGCGAGGUCAAGCCCAGGGAUACGGUCUUUACACGCCAAGAAGGCGAAAUAAAACUGUACAAGGGCCCGAGACCUGGCGAUGGGUCAGAACUGACAGAACCGGAUCAAACUGUUUGGGUGUUCCCCGAGAAGGAGGCUCAAAUUGAUCGCAGCGCGGAUAUCAUCAACGUGACACAUCGACGACUGCCCCCAACAAUCUACAGCCAAAGCUCUAUGUGCUAUAUCGUCAAAUGCCUCGAUCGUCGCGGGAAAUUCAACCCUCAGAAGGCCAAGGAGCUUGGGGUACAUGUCACUGACUUCAGGCAUUUGACUGCGGGGAGCACUAUAGUGACAAAAGAUGGCGUCACUGUAACUCCUGAGCAGGUCCUUGGCGAGACUCAGCCUGGUCAAGGAUUUAUCCUCGCUGAUAUCGAGUCUCGCGAUCUUAUCAACUCUUUCAUGGAGCGACCUGAAUGGUCUAAUUCUGAAUUGAUGUCUCAUGUGGCUAUCGUGUACUGGAUUCUCGGCCCUGGAAUAGCAGACGAUGCUAGAAUUCAGAAGUUUGUGGAUGAGCACCCCACGAUGAAGCAUUUCUUUUGUGCUCAAGACACCUGCCCCAAUAUGAUCUCUCUGGCUGGACCUGGGCAGUUACAGACCAAGCUACGGAGGAUCGACCCUGAGAGAUUCACUCUCCUCAAGUACGAUAACGAUAUCAAGGGAGCCAUGCCAAAUGGAUCACAAGUUGAGUCUGGCCGGAUAGGAAACAAAAUUUCGCUCAUGCCCCGACUCAAAUUUGGCGAAGGCGAGAUUGCCCCGUUUCCUGCUCUCGGAGAGGCAGCUCAGUCUGUCAGUGAUGAGAUUCUCGAAUUAGCACGAAAGGCUCGUGAAGAGACAUCUGAUCCUGAGUUUCUGCGAAAAUUGGAAGAGGAUGAACAAGAUAUUCCCAGCCGCGAUGCUGAAAUCAUCCCCCUUGGAACUGGCUCUUCAAUCCCAGGCAAAUAUCGCAAUGUUUCGUCAACACUGAUUCGGGUGCCUGGUAUUGGAAACUAUCUUCUCGAUGUUGGUGAGGGCACUUUGGGUCAAAUCCGACGUCUCUUUGGAGAGGAGGAAACUGGAAAUAUCCUCCGAGAUCUCAGGUGCAUUGUCAUCAGCCAUCUUCACGCUGAUCAUCACCUUGGUACUCCCAAUUUGAUCAAAGCUUGGUACGAACACACCAUUGAAGACACCAAUGCCAAGUUAGCUGUAUCUUGUGUAUCAAGAUACAAGGCGCUCCUGGAAGAGGUCUCUCAAGUCGAGGAUAUUGGUUUCCACAGACUACAUUUCCCCAAUUGCAAUAGCACCAAGCCCGAUAAGCUCAACAACGGUCGCUUUGUGAUCAAAAACGGCGACUUCGGGCUCCGUGCUAUCAAGCGCAUUCCAGUUCCUCACUGCUGGCUCUCCUACGGAACAGAACUCGAGCUCACAUCCGGUCUCCGCAUCGCAUACUCAGGUGACUGCCGUCCCUCAGACGAGUUUGCACAGGAGUGCGAAGGUGCCCACCUACUUGUUCACGAGUGCACGUUCGACGAUGACAUGUUGUCUCACGCUAAGAAGAAGGGCCACUCUACGAUGGGCGAGGCACUAGAGAUUGCGCGCAAGAUGAAGGCUCGAAGGACGCUGCUCACGCACUUCUCGCAACGCUAUGUCAAGGCUGAUUCGUUGAAGAGAGACGAGAGAGGUCGGGCUGGUGAGGCGCUCAUGGCUCUUGAUCUCAUGAGUGUUAAGCUGGGAGAUUUCAAGAAGGCGGCUGCUUUCCAGCCUGCGAUUGCUAUGCUCAUGGCAGAUGCGGGUGACAAAUAAAGUCCAUGGUAUGAAUAGACUUGUAUGAUAGUAAAAGCAUAGAGUUGUAUCGCUAUAUAUGACCUGUUGAUGACUACUGUUCAAGUCUACAGAGCCUUAGGAAUAGAAUAGAUGCGAGUUUCUCCCAUAGGAACAUGACUUGAAUUAUUCAUAGCCGUCAACACAAGCUCUAAGGGUACAAUAAUAACUUUACGAAUUAGAAGCUCACCAGAUGUAGAUUGAGAACCAAUUAUACAUUCUAUCCAUGUCGAG